UCUCUCUCUCUCGAACUCCCUAGAUCCAUCCCCACCAGCAUACCGUCAUAUCCAUACCUAUAUAUACACACCCAUAAUCGCAGCUCAAAAAACCCAACUCAGAUCAAAUCACACAAUCGCAAACCAGUUCCUAACAUAGCCUCCAAAAGCAUUCAGUUUUCUCUCUCUACAAAACAUAGUACUCUGUUUUCUAUUCUAAAACCAUCGAAUCAAUGGCGUCACCAAAGACAGAGGGAAAGGCGAUCGGGAUCGACCUCGGCACGACCUACAGCUGCGUGGGCGUGUGGCAGAACGACCGCGUCGAGAUCAUCCCCAACGACCAGGGGAACAGGACCACUCCGUCCUACGUGGCCUUCACCGACACCGAACGCCUCAUCGGCGAUGCAGCCAAGAACCAGGUGGCGAUGAACCCACAAAACACCGUGUUCGACGCCAAGCGCCUCAUCGGCCGCCGGUUCUCCGACCCCUCCAUCCAAGCUGACAUGAAGCUCUGGCCCUUUAAGGUGAUCCCGGGCCCCGGCGACAAGCCCAUGAUCGUCGUCAACUACAAGGGAGAAGAGAAGAGAUUCUCCGCCGAGGAGAUAUCGUCCAUGGUCCUUGUAAAGAUGAGGGAAAUCGCCGAGGCUUUCUUGGGUCAGAAGAUUCAGAACGCGGUGGUCACUGUCCCGGCCUACUUUAACGACUCUCAGAGACAAGCCACGAAGGACGCCGGAGUCAUUGCCGGACUCAACGUGCUAAGGAUCAUCAACGAGCCGACUGCAGCCGCGAUCGCUUACGGGCUGGACAAGAAGGGCUCGAGGUCCGGCGAGCAGAACGUGCUGAUUUUUGACCUGGGCGGCGGAACCUUCGACGUGUCGCUCUUGACUAUCGAGGAAGGGAUUUUCGAGGUGAAAGCAACGGCCGGAGACACCCACUUGGGCGGCGAAGAUUUCGAUAACAGGUUGGUGAAUCAUUUCGCGGCGGAGUUCAAGCGGAAGCACAAGAAGGACAUAAGCGGCAAUGCCAGAGCCCUGAGGAGGUUGAGGACCGCGUGCGAGAGGGCGAAACGUACGCUAUCCUCGACUACUCAGACCACGAUAGAAAUCGAUUCUUUGUACGAAGGGAUCGAUUUCUACGCGACAAUCACGAGGGCGAGGUUCGAGGAGUUGAACAUGGAUUUGUUCAGAAAGUGUAUGGAGCCCGUGGAGAAGUGUUUGCGGGACUCGAAAAUCGACAAGAGUCAGGUGCACGAGGUGGUUCUCGUCGGCGGGUCGACUCGGAUUCCCAAGGUGCAGCAACUGCUGCAGGAUUUCUUCAACGGGAAAGAGCUAUGCAAGAGUAUUAACCCCGACGAGGCGGUGGCAUACGGGGCCGCGGUUCAGGCCGCGAUUUUGACCGGGGAAGGGGACGCAAAGGUUCAAGAUCUGCUCUUGCUCGAUGUGACCCCACUGAGCCUCGGGAUUGAAACCGCCGGGGGAGUCAUGACGGUUUUGAUCCCAAGGAACACCACGAUCCCGGCGAAGAAGGAGCAGAUUUUCUCUACGUAUUCGGAUAAUCAGCCCGGGGUCUUGAUCCAGGUGUACGAAGGGGAGAGGCCGAUGACGAAAGACAAUAACCUCUUGGGGAAGUUUGAGUUGGCCGGUAUCCCUCCCGCGCCGAGAGGGGUCCCACAGAUCAAUGUCUGUUUUGACAUUGAUGCGAAUGGGAUCCUGAACGUGUCCGCGGAGGACAAGACGGCUGGGGUGAAGAAUAAGAUCACGAUCACGAACGAUAAGGGGAGGUUGAGCAAGGAGGAGAUCGAGAAGAUGGUGAGGGAUGCGGAGAAGUACAAGGCGGAGGAUGAGGGGGUGAAGAGGAAGGUGGAGGCAAAGAAUGCGCUGGAGAACUACGCGUAUAACAUGAGGAAUACGGUGAAGGACGAGAAGCUGGCUGGGAAAUUGGACGCCGCGGAUAAGGGAAAGAUCGAGAACGCGAUCGAUGAGGCGAUCCAGUGGCUGGAUGGGAACCAGUUGGCUGAAGUGGAGGAGUUUGAGGAUAAGUUGAAGGAGUUGGAGAAUUUCUGUAAUCCGAUUAUAGCGAAGAUGUAUCAGGGCGGCGUUGGUGGUGAUGUGCCGAUGGGAGGUGCUGGCGGCAUGCCCGGUGGCGGCUUCGGAGGUGGCGGCUCUGGUGGUGCUGGUGGCUCUGGUGCAGGACCUAAGAUUGAAGAAGUUGAUUAAAGCUUUAAGGGUGUCUUUUAGGAAUGCUCUGUUUCUUUCCUCUGUUUUUGCCUCUCCUUUCAACCAAGAGUGGUCCUUGGCUUACAAAUAAAGCAUGUUAGUAGUUAGUGAGGAGUUACAUGAGCUUUUUAUGGGCUUUGUAAACUUUUAGUUUGUUUUGUUUGAUGUUUUAUGAAAUGAAGUGUUUUUUUUUUUGG